AGUGUUCUCGAGUAGAAGAAGUCAGUUCUGUGCCGUCAACGAGUGAAUGUCUUUACACAAAAAGUUACAAGAGAACACGCGUUAAUGGUAUAAUUAUUGAUUGCACUACCAGUCCUCGUUACCGUCUGUAUCGUUUACAAAGGCUCAACUGAGUGUAAUACGCCCCGGCACACAACCACACCCGAGCGCCGCCGCGGUGGAAACAUGGUUCGUUCAGUGGUAACGUUUGCUGCACUGUUUUUACUGUCAAUGUGUAAUCUGUGCCGAGGAGGUAAUGGUGACGAGUCGCCUUUCCUCGAUAUGACGCACGUGUUCAAGGAGGGGGAGACGAUCGGAUUGCCAACAGCAAACCAGUAUACGCUCUCGCCGGAAUUUGCUGGGUUUACCGAGGGUGGAUACUAUUACGAAGCAAAUAACUAUUGUGUUGAUGAACAUAGUGGGACUCAUAUCGAUGCCCCGGGGCAUUUAGUAGAGGGAAUGUCAUAUGUGGAUGAAAUCCCGCUUGACAUGCUGAUUGGCCCAGCUGUCAAGAUUGACAUCAAAGAUAAAGGAGACGUGGAUCCAGACGCGCAGUUAAUGGUGGAUGAUUUGUUGUCGUGGGAAGAGGCUAACGGAGAAAUACCCGAUGACGUCAUCCUGAUGGUUUAUACAGGGUGGGGGAGUCGGUGGCCAGACAAGGAGCGUUAUCUUGGUACAGCUACCAAUGACAUGACGAUGCUGCAUUUCCCUGGAGUACAUCCUAAUGCAUCGCAAUGGCUGGUAGACAACAGAAAGAUUAAGAUGCUUGGUAUAGACACGGCAUCUUUGGAUUAUGGACCAGCCGUCUUAUACGAGAGCCACACAAUACUGUUUAAAAGUAACAUUCCAGUUUUAAAAAAUGUCGCGGAACUCGACAAAUUGCCGACAUUAGGCUCAACUGUGUUUGCACUUCCGAUGAAAUUAUUUAAUGGCACUGGUGCGCCGACGCGUAUAUUUGCUACUGGGUGGAGCGAUGACGUCAAGGAACCAUGCCAAAUUGCGGCAAAAUCGGAAGAGUCUCCGUUUUUGGACAUGAGCUACUCUUUCAUUGAGGGUGAAACUAUCUACUGGCCAACUGCUGAUCCGUAUGUACGGGAAGCGGGGUCGAGUGUUAAUCGUGACGGAUAUUACUUCGAAACGAAUAGUUUCUGCGCAGCAGAGCACGGCGGUACUCACUUUGACGCCCCCGGUCAUUUUGCUGAGAACAAACAACGCGUUCACCAAGUACCACUAGAUUCCCUGAUUGGGCCAGCCAUUAAGGUGGACAUUAGCAGUAAAGCUGCUAAUGACCCGGAUGCGGAAGUGACAGUAGAUGAUAUAACUCAAUGGGAAGAGGAGAACGGCCCUAUACCUGAUGGCGCCAUUUUGUUAAUGUAUUCCGGCUGGGGGCAACGCUGGCCAGACAAAUUGACUUACCUUGGUACCGAAGGAAAGAAUACUUCAAUUCUCCACUUCCCGGGAUUCAGUCCUGAUACGGCAAGAUGGCUUAUAGCUAAUAAAAAGAUUAGAGCAGUUGGAGUAGAUACGCCCUCUAUCGACUUCGGACAGUCACGCUUAUAUGAAUCUCAUCAGCUUCUAUUUGCAAAUAACAUUCCAGGGUUGGAGAAUGUUGGAAAUCUUGAUAAGCUACCGGCAAAGGGGUCAUUUUUCUUUGCUGUUCCAAUGAAGAUUUAUAACGGCAGCGGCGCAUCGACAAGAAUGUUUGCGACUGGCUGGAGCCAAAACAUUGACAACCCAUGUGAAGAAGUGGACAUAUCUGGUGCUAACCCGCUAACAAUUGGACUCAUUCCUGUCGUUAUGUGUGUACUUUUAAAAGCUUACUUGUUGUUAGUUUGCUAGUUAGCAUUUAGUUAGUACCAAAGGAAGAUGACGUACUGAUUUAUAGUGGCCUUCAGACGAAGAUUGUCAGAUACAUGUAGCAUGAUUAAACAGGAUUGACAAUGCAACAAUUAAUUAACACUGACAGUGCAACAAUUAACUAGCACUGACAGUGCAACAAUUAACUAGCACUGACAGUGUAACAAACAACUAGCACUGACAGUGCAACAAUUAACUAUAGCACUGACAGUGCAACAAUCAACUUAAACUGACGGUGCAACAAUUAACUAGCACUGACAGUGCAACAAUUAACUAAUACCGACAGUGCAACAAUUAACUAGCACUGACGGUGCAACAAUUAACUAGCACUGACAGUGCAACAAUUAACUAAUACCGACAGUGCAACAAUUAACUAGCACUGACGGUGCAGCAAUUAACUAAUACCGACAGUGCAACAAUUAACUAGCACUGACAGUGCAACAAUUAACUAAUACCGACAGUGCAACAAUUAACUAGCACUGACGGUGCAGCAAUUAACUGGCGUAACUACUAACUAUGUUUGCUAAAUAUAACAGACUCAAGUCAAUCAUGUUUAUAAAAUACACACAAUGACUAGAGAAAAAGAGUAAACAUCCGUAAUGGUUUUCUUAACCAACAUAAUACUUGAUUAUGAACCUGCAUUUUACAUGUAUUUAAUGUAUGUUUACUUGUGCUCACAUAGUAAAAAAAAUAAAAGUGAGAAUUUG